GUGGUGAAUAACCAUAGAGUGACGCGUAACGUGAGUCACAGUGGUGCACGAGUGUCUGUCCUGUUCUGUAUCUCGUGAUUUUGCUAUUUGGAAGCUUAUAUUUAUCAGAAUACAACCAUGUCUUCGCGCAAAACAGCUGGACGUCGUGCAACGACAAAGAAGCGCGCCCAACGCGCGACAUCAAACGUCUUUGCGAUGUUUGAUCAAGCUCAAAUUGCUGAAUUUAAGGAAGCUUUUAACAUGAUCGAUCAGAAUCAUGACGGUUUCAUCGAUAAGGAAGAUCUCCAUGACAUGCUCGCUUCGUUAGGUAAAAAUCCCACUGACGACUAUUUAGAGGCAAUGAUGAACGAAGCUCCGGGACCAAUCAAUUUUACGAUGUUCUUAACCUUGUUCGGUGAAAGACUUCAGGGCACAGAUCCGGAAGAUGUGAUCAAAAAUGCUUUCGGUUGUUUCGACGAAGAAAAUACUGGCCAUAUAAACGAAGAGCGUCUUCGAGAAUUACUUACAACAAUGGGUGAUAGAUUCACAGACGACGAUGUCGAUGAAAUGUAUCGCGAAGCACCAAUCAAAGGAUCGAUGUUCGACUACAUAGAGUUUACACGAAUUUUGAAACACGGAGCUAAGGAUAAGGAUGAACAAUAAAUAAAUGAAUGUAAAGUUAAUUGUUCUUCGCGUUUGUGUGAUUCAGCGUGUAAAACGCUUUUAUAUGGUUGCAAUUGUAAAGUUUGAAAUAUUGUAUUUUAUACAUCCUCUACUAACGAGAAUAAUCGAAGGAGUAGGAUUUGUAUUAUUUUUUGAGAAACUGCCUUAUGUAAGCCAUAAAUCAUGUACACAUUAAUAAUAUUUAUUUGAAGUUACUCGGAAAUCAAAGAACAACUUAAACGAAUUUGAUCUUGGUAUGAAUUACAGUCAUAAAAACGAUAAAACAAAAAUGUAAUAUAUAUAUUAUAUACUACAUUAACGUGUAGUUGUUAAAGAGUUGGCAUUUAUAUUUUAAUAUAAUAAUGUAUUGUAUAACGAAAACGUGAUUUAACAUUCGCGUUAUUCAACUUUUAUAUUUGAAAAGAAUAAAAGCAAACAUUUAAUAUUUAAAACACUGUAAAUUACAGAAGCGUCUUAGUAAUAUAUUUUAAAUCCUGAAAUACUUUUAGACAAAUGUACCGAAACUCUACCACCUGUACAAAUACUUCUAAAUCACACGUUAAAGAUGCAAGAAGUAAAUAAUAAAAGCAUGAAAAAUU